GCUCCACCUCCCCCUGUGUUUUCCGGGGGCCUGCGUAGGCCCGGCGCCCGUCCAUGGAAGGCGGAAACGGCUGCGGGGUCCGGCUCCUCGCGAAGGGGUCUAAUCCUCGCGGCCAUGUCCCGGGUCUUCGAGCUGCAGCCUCAGGACGGCGGCCCCCGGGUGGCCCUGGCGCCGGGGGAGACGGUGGUCGGCCGCGGGCCGCUGCUGGGAAUAACAGAUAAGAGAGUGUCCAGAAGACAUGCCAUUCUUGAAGUGGUGGGUGGUCAGCUUCGAAUCAAACCGAUACAUACAAAUCCGUGCUUUUAUCAGUCUUCUGAGAAGAGCCAGCUCUUACCAUUGAAGACAAAUCUAUGGCACUGGUUGAAUCCUGGAGAUAGUUUCUCUUUAUUAGUUGACAAAUACAUUUUUCGUGUUUUGUCUACACAUUCUGAAACGGAAGUGGAAUGUACUUUAAGAAACAGUCAAAUACAUGAUGAAGAUGAUAUAUUGAAUGAAACGCCAAAAUCUUCCUCGAUUGAUUUGCCUGAUGAGACACGUGAUGCCCCACAGCUGGAAAGAAGCACAGAAACAGGAAAGACCCAGACCGCUGCAAAUAGUGUGUCUUUCCUAGAUGAAAGUAGAGACUUGAGUAAGCAACAGCCAAACCCUUCCCAGAGGAAAAGAAUCCUUCCAGCAUGGAUGUUAACAGAAAAUCUAAGUGAUCAGAACCUUUCAGUACCAGUCAUCAGUGGAGAUAAUAAUGUAAUCCAAGAAAGUGGAAAAGAAGGAAUCUGCAAAGACAAAACCCAAGUAAACAUCACACAGCAAGGAAGAAAGCGAUUAAUUUCAUCAGGAAGUACAGAAAGUAUAUCAGCAGAGCAAGACACAGGAAAAAAGUGCAAAAAUGCUGACCAGGAAGAGUCUGUCAUUUCAUCCAAGGAAAUGUCACAGUCAUUUUCUGCAAUCACGUUAGAUAACACAGAGGUAAAUAACAUGAAGACUAAUGCACAGAGAAAUGAAAUCCCAGUAGAGGAACUUGGUAAGGUUCCUGAACAUAAAAUCACCACUAAGGGAACACCAAGUAAAGACAGCAAGGCGAGGAGUUGUUCUGAGAGUUGUUUGAGUGCCCAAGGCAAGUCCUUCCAUGACGAGCCUGAAAGAUCUCAUCCUGAGUCUGGCUCUGAUCCCUCCAAUCCUGAAACUUUGCAUGCAAAGGCAGCUGAUUCAGUUCCACAGGGUUCUGAAGAAAACAAGGUCAAGAGGACAUCCUGCAUGUAUGGGGCAAACUGCUACAGGAAGAAUCCUGUCCAUUUUCAACACUUCAGUCACCCUGGUGAUAGUGAUUAUGGAGGUGUACACAUCACGUGUCAAGGUGAGGCUGAUGACCGGCCCGAAUGUCCCUAUGGAGCAUCUUGUUAUAGGAAGAAUCCCCAGCACAAGAUAGAAUAUAGACAUAGUACAUUUCCAGUGAGAAACAUUUCAGAUGAAGAUGACAGUGUUGGCCAACCCAGUGAGUACAACCUGCAUGACAGCGUUACAGAUGAUGAGGGAGAAGAAUAUGAGCCAACAGAUGAAGAUUCCGACUGGGAACCAGGACAGGAAGACCUAGAAAAGGAAGAUGUGGAAGGGCUUUUGAAAGAAGCGAAAAAGUUCAUGAAAAGAAAAAAAUCUAUCCCAAAGGAAUUAAAAACGUGUCCACGUAAAAACUUGUACACAAUGUCCAUAGACGCAUUAUUCGUAAUAGUCAAAAAGUGGAGACACCUAAAUAUCCAUUAGCUGAUGAAUGGAUAAACAAAAUGUGGUCUUCCUCGACAACCAAAUAUUUUUUGGCCAUAAAAAAGAACUGAAGGAUUGAAACAUGCUACAGCAUGGAUAAACCUUGGAAACCUUAUGAGUUCAGUGUCACCAACACACCCCAUGGAGGCGGAAACCACACACCAACAUGCUAUAUCCAACCCUGCUCUGUGUGACCACCUUGUUCCAAUUAAUUUCUCUUUCAUGUGUGUGUAUGUGUGUUUGGUUUCUUCCUGCCAAUCUGCAAACCUAACUUAUGAAGCUGCUUCUCUACAUCUAUUUGGGAAGAUAGGAUAUUUACUCAUUCAGUAACGGUGACUACCGAACACUGUGGAGAAUACAAGGAAGAAAAGGACAUGGGGUCUCCAGUCAGAGAGCUCACAAAGGCAGUGAGGCAAGUAUGCAAAUAGCAUAAUGGGUAGAAAUGAAAUAGUCCAAGAAAGGAAUGCUGGAGUAUAAUUUAAAUGUCCUGUCUUGCUGCAUAUUGAAAUACAGUCUCAUUCUUGAGGAAGAGCCCUUGUCUGAUUUGAGUUACAAUCUGAACUAGCAAAUUUUUUUCAUGGAACACAAUUUUUAUCUUCAAUAGUGACUGGCAGACAUACUGUGGUUAUUCACGUUUGAGUAUGUGGCAGACAGUUCCUCAAAAAUGAACUUAGCCUAUUUUUUCAAGGAAAGCAACCAACAGUAUAUGUUGUAAUUGUAAAAAUUGAGCUUUCAAAGAAAAAAUUAGAAUUUUAGAAAACUUGUGUAUGUCGCUGUGAGCUUGAUAGCUUCCCAGAACUUUUAAAACUCUUCUGAUGAUAUUGAUGGUGAUAUAAUACAAUGAAAUGUGUCCACAUUUAGGAGAUCUACAAAACUGAGCAAGCCAUUAUUUUACAAAUGACCAAUGUAUGUUAUAAAAUCAGGCAUGGGUAAAAGAUACAUUCAAGGCAUAAGAUAGACCAAUGAAACUUAGUAUAACAGAGUCUGUAAAGUUCAUUAAUAUGAUUUCAGGUUACACAUUGCACCUAACAUCUCAGAAGCUGCUAUCUGUCUAUUUUGGGUGACAUUUUGAAAAUAAUAUUCACAAUUAUCUGAAAAGCCUAUUAAAAUACUUCCUUUUCUAAGUAUAUAUCUGUAUAAGGCCUAAUUUUCUCUAUAUACUUUGAGCAAAACAACAUACGAGAGCAAACAUGAGAAUCUGUCUUUUAUUAAGAUAGGCAUUAAAGAGAUUU